UAUUUUGGAUUUGAUCAUUUUAAGGGAAAUUCGUUCUUAUUGAAGAUCACCAUGUUGCUGAUUUUUUUUUCAUUUUUGUUUGUGAAGGCAAUGCAUGAUUUUCUUUAUCAUCGGCUUCACUUAGACAAUUAUGAUCAUCUGGAAUUUCCCGGGGUGGUUCCUCGCACUUUCAUCGGUGCUUUGUUGGUGUCUCUUGUUGCGGCUCCAUUUGUGUUAGUUGUAAAUUUGCUGCACUUGCCAAAGUUUUAUGCUCUUGUUACAGUUCGGAUGGCCCUAGGGAGCAUUACCCUAUAUACACUAAGAUUCUUCCGUCACAAGAUAAGGAGUAAAUUUGGGCAUCAAGUAGAAGCCUUCUUUGCGAUACUAACUGCCAUUCAAUUUCACUUCCUUUUCUAUUGUACUCGUCCACUUCCUAACAUUCUUGCCUUAGCUGUAGUUAAUUUGGCAUAUGGAUACUGGCUUGAGGGGCGCUUUUAUGCAGCUCUGAACUCUCUGAUUUUUGCUACAACCGUAUUCAGAUGUGACAUAGUGUUACUUCUAGGCCCCCUUGGGCUACAAUUCCUCUUGGAAGACAAAAAAAUUUCACUAUGGGGUGCUCUGAAACGUUGCACUAUGAUGGCCUUCUUCUGCAUAGGUAUAACCAUAUUGGUUGAUUCAAUCAUGUGGAAGAGGUUAUUGUGGCCUGAAUUUGAAGUCUUCUGGUUUAACUCUGUACUAAACAGGAGUUCUGAAUGGGGAACGCAUGCUUUCCACUGGUACUUCACCUCAGCACUUCCUCGUUCAUUGCUUGCUGCAUAUCCACUUUCACUGUUUGGUCUCGUUGUAGACAGAAGGGUUCGAUCUUUCACUUUGCCAGUUCUUGCCUUCAUUUUGCUUUAUUCUAAGCUUCCCCACAAGGAGCUUCGUUUUAUUAUAAGUUCAGUACCAAUUUUCAACUUAUCAGCUUCGGUUGCAGCCAGUAGAAUUUACAACAAUAAGAGAAAGAUGAUCUGGAACUUGCUUUUCAUCAUUAUGUUGGGGUUGUUUCUAAUCAGUCUAGGAGGCACCAUCACAACUUUCAUGGCAUCAUACUGGAACUAUCCUAGUGGUCAUGCCUUAAAAAGAUUGCAUGCAAUUGGUUUUCAUAACAAUACACAUGAACAGUGGGUUCACAUUGAUACAUUUUCAGCCAUGAAUGGAAUAUCUCGCUUUUGUGAAAGUGAUUUCCCUUGGAGGUAUUCUAAAGAGGAAGAAAUAAGCAUGCAAGAACUUGCGCAGAGGAAUUUCACUUUUCUUAUAAAUGAACAUCCUGUGAUCAAUGGAUUCAAGUGUCUAUUUACUGAAGAUGGAUUCUCAAGAAUUCACUUGAAUCCAGGCUUUCCACCUGUUUUACUGGUUAAAAAUCCCAAAGUGUUUAUCCAUGGAAAUUUAAGGAACAUGGAUCUUUUCAACAAAAAUUGGCCUGGCUGCUCAUAAUCCCUGUCUGUAUCAUACAAAAUAUCGAACUCCAGGUUUGAAGGGUAUUGCUUCUCUUUUUCCACUUCCCUAAAAGGACCAUUAGGAAGGAGAAGAGAGUGCAAGUUUGUGUGAAGCUUAUAUUGCAAGACCUACUAACAAUUGCAUGCCUAAGCCUUUUAGUGGUUAAUUGGAACUAGAAAUCUAGAGAAUUAACUUAAUCCUUUUCUGCUUGCAGAAUAGUUGAUCUUGUAAGUUGUAACAUUUGAGGCAUUGAUUUCUCUUGAAAUGAGUAUUACCAAAUUUUUGAGUCAUAUAUAAAAGGUUCAUCUGUACGCAAUCUUCUUUGGGAUUA